AUCCUCUCCAGAUAAUGUACUUUGUCCUGGAUGUGUCUAACUUCCUGCACUGUAAGGAUGAUCUCCUGCAGUCAUUCUGCCAUGUCUUCAGUAUCCCAUCUGCAUUUUCCCAACAGAUCUGUGGAUUCUGGCUUCUAGAUCACGGAUUCGUAACAGACUCAAUGAAUGUCUUAUUGAGCCCAAGAGCUUGUCCUCCAACACUGCCAUGGCACCAUUGUGCUGUUCUGAGGACCUUAUUGAAGACAGGAGAGAAUCGAGCAGCACUGAAGUAUCUCUACAGCAUCACACCAGUCACGGAGAGCAUUCAAGACAUCAAACUCUGUGUGGAUGUGUUAAUACACAACAAAUGUAUCUCUGAGGCCUGGGCACUGAUUAGAGGACUCCAAACUAAAGAUGUUCACCUGUUCAAACAUUUCAUUCAUGUCUGUGAGAAUCAUGGGAUUUGUAGUAAUAUGUUGGCCUCUCUGUGUAAGGGUUUGGCUCGUCUCCAGCUGAUAGAAAGCCAAAAUAUGCAGUCCAAUGAAGCACAGAUACUGAAGCAAGAAACAGUAGGUCAACCACCAGUAAGAACUGAAUCAGGACAAACUCCUCGUCCACUGUCUGCAUUGCUGUACUGCAUUGAUGACCCACUGACUCCAGGAGAUUUUGUCAAGAUACUCAGGCAGUCUAUUUCUGAAAUAUGUCCACUACCAAAGAAAAGAAGGGUGCUGCUGCUGCUGCCAACGUACCUGGAGAAUAGUGUGAAUAGUGCACAACUCUCAUCUCAGGCCUUAUGUUAUGUUGCUGCUAACAGCACAUCAGUUGACAUUCAUUAUAAGUUCAAGCAAAGAGCUGUUGAGGAAGAGUGUGAGGAAGACCUGCCUCUGCAGCCAGAGGAGGACAUGAAUGAUUCACCAGUGUUCUCCUCUCCCACCACAUCUCCUGACAGCAUUGAGUCUGUUGGCUUCUUCAAAUCUCCCUGCUCUUCACCACCGGCUGUCUGCUCUGAAGCCCCAUCUGCACAGGAACCCAUCCUCCUGAAGCAGAACUCUUCUGCUGUGCCUGAAGAAGAGGAAAGCCAUGUCCCAGAUGAGGACAAAACUCCUGCAGACAUGUUCCCUGGCUGUCCCGAUCUAACCCUCACUUUAGACGGCGCCACAGAGGUGCUAUCCAUCAACAGCCUGAGCAGGGAAAGUGUGGUUAUAGAGAAGAUCUUCUCUAGUGUGAUAUCUGGAGUCAUCUCACAUGGGGGCGACGCAGUAGAAGCUCCACAUGCAGAGAGGAGGCUCUUGAGCACACUUAACCUUCACCCUAACUGCUACAGUAAUGAGGACAAUCAGUCAGUGUGCUCAAUUCCCGAGAUCCCAGCGGAGAGUCAUAACUUUUUAUCACCCAGUCAUGAGAAGCUUACUUACAAUAAAACUGUGGAUGAUGCUGUUAGCAUUAAGCCCAAGAAUCUGUCUGAGACUGAAGAGUGGAUCUUUUCACCCAGUGAGCCAAAAACAGUGUUUGUUCGCCUGCGGGAUCCUAAAGCGUCAAGAACCUGCAGCUUUCUGGAGCUGAAGCCGUUAAGGCGGCCGUUGUCUCCCUCACGGGUGGAGGAAUGCCAGGAAGACUUCUGCCGUGACCCUGAGGAUGCCGUAGACCAGCCAGAAAUCCUCACUUCCUGCGCCCUCACGGAUACCAUGCACAACCUCCCGGCUCAUCUCCAACAUGCUGACCUCUUAGCAGAUGAUCGAGAACCCUACCAGGCCUGUUCCUUAAGUGCCCUUAAAAGCUCCAUCGUGGAUAUGGACCUCAGCCUCAUCCAUCUCUCCCAGCGAUCCCGUCAGCUCCAGAAUCCUAUUGGCUCCCAAUCCACCCAGCAGCUCAGUCUCUCUCAGCAGUCCAGACACCGGUCCUCCAGUGAGUCCAGAAUCACCAGCACAAAAGAAGCAGUGUGUUUCCGGACCACCUCAGACUGGGUGGGUCACUGUAAGCUAGGCAGCUGGUGGAAACAGGCGCUGGAAACUCGACGGGCUUCAACCGGGCUGCUUCCUGCUUUAGAGCAAGUUUCUCCUGUCACACGAGCUUCCUCUACAGAAAAACGGACAUCCCCUGUCCCACGACGUCCCCAACCUCAUGGGCUUGGAAGCUUCUUAGAUCCUCCAUCCUGCCCAAGAGUGGAAAAACGAGAGGUCAAACAAGCAGUGAAAGAUGAAUUAACAGGCCGGAGAGGAUCUCUUAAAGUGACCAUUAAUCAGAUUGAUCAUGGACCAACUUCACAUCAAGGCCAUCGAGGAAAAAUGAGGAAACAAAUCAAACGAGCUUAAAAGAAAAAAAACAAAAUGCUGUUUGCAUAUGUAGGGGACAGAGUGAGUGUUGUAACAUGGUGAGUUGUAAUAAUCAGUUUAACAUAUUACACAUUAAUUAAAGGGGUGAAAUCAUUGUCAUACGUAAAUAUUUAGUUGAUCAAAAUAUCACAAUAAAGUCAUGUACAAAACUUAAACUGAUGGGAAAAAAAUGUAUGCUUGCAUAAUAGACAACCACAUCUUAUU